AUGAACUUUUUCCAGUGGCUAUAUAACUUGUUGGCAGUCUCAAUGCUUCCGUUUUACAUUUCGACACUCAUCAACAUGCUGAACAGAGCUUGUAAUGUCCGAAAAGUGUGCUUAUCUUGCUCCAUAUACGUGUGGGACACUGUUGUCGGAUUGUUUUUCACUGCCUACUUUGUUUACUUUUGGUUCAGCAGAGAGGAUAAUGCACCGGGUUCGUACGGCUCAGCGGAGCCCCUGCCUAAACCAACCUAUGACUACUUGAACGUUCGUUCCUACCAGGAUACGUCCCAAUCUGCAUCUCCGUCAAGAGAAUUGUUUCUUACUGUUAGCGGGACCCUAGUGACCACGGCUUUCCGCCUUUACUUUUGCUUGGUUUUCCUUUCGUACACCAAGCAGCUUUUGAGACAAUCACAGUUGCACCAGAAAACACACGGCAUGCAGAGUGUAGAUGAAGAAGUGUUUCAUCCAACCAAUUUGGGUGGCCGGGUGAAAAAAUUGGUCUACGACCUUGAAACGAGAGCAAAAUUGUUUAUGACAGACCUUCUUGUCUAA